CAAUGUUAUAGAAGCGAGCGGCCAUGUUACAAACAACGUUGUAUUCCCUUGGGAGAAAGUAAUUUUCGCUCAAAAGAAACGACCCUGACAGAUUUAUUAGUGGCCGAGUACAAGAUUUGUGUUUAAAGAUGACUUUUUGAAUGAGAUCUGACCGGCUUUAGUCGCGAUGUUAACGUUUGCCUUCUUGAACUAGUAACACUAUUAAACCCCCGGAGUAUAGAAAGCAAAAUAUAAUGGCUAUAGCUUUGGAAACUGGCAAUUGUUCAAGACAUAUUUCAUCAAAAUACUGCCCCGGAACUGCAGAAAUCUCCUUGCAAAUCUUCUUUCUGGUCGUCGUAUUUACGGGAGCGACUAUUGGGAAUGUUCUUGUUCUUCUGGUAGUAAGACAAAGUCGACGAAGCGAAUGGACCACAAAUUAUUUUGUAACAAGUCUUGCGAUAUCUAACCUUUCUUCGCCUUUUCUCUGUGUUCUAUGGACAAUCACUUGGAUGUCGAGAGGAUCUUGGACACUAGGAGAUCUAACUUGUAAAAUCACGUUUUUCUUUCAUUUUCUCAAUGCUGGGGUCUCUGCCGGGCUUCUAGCUUGCAUUUCCCUCGAUCGCUUCUAUGUUGUAGUUCACCCUCUAAGCUUCAAAAUGACCAAGGCACAAACCAAGGAACUGAUCACGUUUGUGUGGGUAUUUAUGAUAUGUGCUACAGCACCUACUUUGUACUUUUUCCGAACUACUUCAUUGACCACAAAUGUCGAGAUUUGCUCGACUGAUUUCGAAAUGGUAGAAUGGAAAGUAUUUAUUGUACUGUAUUUUCUGAUACCAUUUGGCUGUCCAUUCUUGGCCACUCUCGCUCUGUACUGUCGAAUAACACAUGCUAUUUUGGUCAGAAACCGCCAGGCAAGGAACUUAACAAAUGAUUUUCGAAGGCAGGCGAAUCGGGUACCAAAACCUAAAAUCAAAGUGCUUCGAAUGCUAGUGUUUCAAUGGCUAUUUUUUGUCAUAUGUUGGAUUCCAUUUUUUGUAACUCAGAUAAUUCAAUCAUUAAGUGUAGCCGAUUUCACGGAGAGGUCGUAUAUCGCAACUUUAUUCGUUUCAUAUUCAAACUCCGGUCUCAACGCCCUUAUUUAUUCGCUUUUUAAUAGUGAUUUUCGACGGGGAUGCAAGAGAGUUUUCUGCAAGCCCGACGCAUCGCAAGCGUAUCGACUCACCUCUCUUCCAAGCCGCAAAAACCGAAUCGCUCCCAUGGACGAUUUCAGCUCUGGUGAGCAUGACUUUGGCGAGAUGCGCUUGCCAGAAUUGAAACCCUUUAAACACCAUAGUCUUAAUGGCAAUGGCGAUAAACUUGUACAUCAGGCUUGGGUAUCUAGCUGUGCCCCAAGAAGGAUAGAUCCAUAGAGGAUUUCCACGACGCGAACCGGGAAAAAGAUCGAGAUAUUUGACAACGUAAAAGGAGAGUGAAGAUAACAAAAAUAAAAAACUGCAAGCGAACAAUGUGACGACUGGGCCAAUAUAUCCAGUUCUGGAAAAAGGGAAAUCGCUAUAUAGCGCUUAAAUAACCAGUUAAAUUUAUUUUCGACAAAUUUUUACACUAAUUUUGGGGAACUAGAAGCCAAAAGCUAUCGAAAAAAAUCAAGGAACAUUUUCAUAUGUAUAUAUAUAUAUAUAUAUAUGUAUAGAAUUAUGGUCGUUUCCCCUGCAGCUGUGCGUAUAUACGGUCAGCCUUCCACAAGAUCAAAAUAAGACUAUUUAUUAUUAAGAAGAUAUAAAAAUUCUCCGUGAAAAACGAAUAGUAAGUAUCAAUAAAACUGUAAAAAGGAAUUGUUUUGAAAAGAAAUAUUAAAAUAAAUAAAAAGCCGUUUCAAGAGUUU